AUGCCACCGGUAACAGCUACUGGUCACAGAAUACCACUCAAGGGAGAUCAGAAAGAGAGUCGCAGAAGGUCAAGGGAGAUCAGAAGAGUCACAGUCCAGGAGAUCAGAAGAGUCACAGAAGGUCAGGGAGAUCAGAAGAGUCACAGAGGUCAGGGAGAUCAGAAGAGUCCAGGUCAGGAGAUCAGAAGAGUCACAGAAGGUCAGGAGAUCAGAAGAGUCGCAGAAGGUCAGGGAGAUCAGAAGAGUCACAGGUCAGGGAGAUCAGAAGAGUCACAGAAGGUCAGGGAGAUCAGAAGAGUCACAGAAAGUCAGGGAGAUCAGAAGAGUCACAGGUCAGGGAGAUCAGAAGAGUCACAGAAGGUCAGGGAGAUCAGAAAAGUCACAGGAGAGACGGUGUGGCCGAAUAAGUCCCAACACCAGACAACAGAAGGCCAACACGUCCAACAACAGAAGGCCAACACGUCCAACAACAGACAACAGAAGGCCAACACGUCCAAUCACCAGAAGGCCAACACGUCCAAUCACCAGAAGGCCAACACGUCCAAUCACCAGAAGGCCAACACGUCCAACACCAGAAGGCCAACACGUCCAACACCAGAAGGCCAACACGUCCAACACCAGAAGGCCAACACGUCCAACACCAGAAGGCCAACACGUCCAACACCAGAAGGCCAACACGUCCAACACCAGAAGGCCAACACGUCCAACACCAGAAGGCCAACACGUCCAACACCAGAAGGCCAACACCGUUCAACACCAGAACAACGCCAGACAACGCCGCCAACACGUCCAACACCAGAAGCACGUCCAAUCACCAGAAGGCCAACACGUCCAACACCAGAAGGCCAACACGUCCAACACCAGAAGGCCAACACGUCCAACACCAGAAGGCCAACACGUCCAACACCAGAAGGCCAACACGUCCAACACCAGCCGCCCCUCUGCACACACUCACCAAAACAUUGCACCCAACUGGCGGACACCUGA